AAGUUUCUCAGUUGAAUGCAGAGCGGGGGAAGAUCCGCAGCCCUGCUCAGAUUUCCACAGCCUGCUCUCCUCUGGUCUGCGCUGACCUCCACUGCUCUCCCCUGGUCUUUAGGAGAGGUUGGUGCUCGUCUGGAAAUGGUUCGGACGCCAAGGUGUUUGUUCUGGGCAGUUUUUCUCGGACUGUCGGUCUCUGUGAGCUCCAUAAACCCGCAGGAUUUGUUUCCAUUCGGAAGCAGUGCAGGAGACCAGAGCCUGAACCAGGGGACUGAUGUAACACAGGAAGUUCCUCUGGACAAGCCUGUGAUGUUUUACGAUGGAAAAUUCAGCAAAAUCUAUAUCAACACUAAUGGGUUUGUCGCCCUGGACAAGCCUUCAGUGCAGUUGGAGUACCUUGGCAACAUGCCUGCAAGCUUUGGCAUGAUUGCAGCCCUGCUGGGAGACCUGGACACCUCAGAUGGGGUUGGUAAGGUGUACUUCCGCCAAGACUCCACCCCAGCAUUACUACAGCAAGCAGCCAAUUACAUCAAUACAGCCUUCCCCAAGAGCGAUGAGGUGAAUCCCAUCCAUGCCAUUGUUGUCACCUGGGUGGAUAUAGAAUCUCAUGAGCCUGAUGGACCAGAUCAUAAGCGAAACACCUUUCAACUGGUGGUUGCCUCAGAAGAAAAGAUCUCCUAUGCCAUCCUGCUGUACCCAAGAGAAGGAAUGCAAUACCAGUCCACCCGAGGCUAUACCAUGCAUGCUGGAUUCAACAAAGGUCAAGAGGCUUAUUUCCUCUAUCGGAAGAGGCAAGGACCUUACUACCGCAUCACUGAUGACAAGAAGACGUCUGUUCAGAAAUUAGCACAGCAAACGAACUCUGGAAAGCGAGGCGUGUGGGUGUAUGAGAUUGGAACAUCGUCCCAGUUCUCCAACAUUGUGCCAGGUGAAGUAGCUCUUCUCCAAGAAGCAGAGGUUCUCAGUCAAUCCUACCAAGUUCCCAAAUACCCUGAUGGUCAGCUUGUGGUUUUGGAACACACACCUUAUCAGCACAGUCAACAGGAAACCCUUGAAGGAGUGUACCACAAGGCAGAGCAUCCCUCACCGUAUCAAGUACACACUGGUGAUUUGCAACCUGGCAACCCUCAUUUUGUGGAGAUCGAGGAAGAUGAUAACAUCCAAGUUGGUGUUUUCACUUACAGCUCUCAGACUUGUGCCAACAGCAGGCAGGAAUGCUCCAGCUUUGCCGAUUGUCAGGAUUAUGCUACUGGGUUCUGUUGCCACUGCAGGCCUGGUUUCUAUGGAAAUGGGAAACAGUGCAUUGCUGAAGGCAAACCCCAAAGGAUGAACGGGAAAGUGAGCGGACGAGUGUUUGUUGGGAGCUCCCCGAUUCCUGUUGAGUUCGCCAACAAUGAUCUCCAUUCUUACGUGGUAGCCAAUGAUGGCAGAGCAUACAUAGCCAUCAGUGCCAUUCCCUCCAGUGUUGGCUUCUCCCUGCUGCCUCUGGCGUCUGUUGGAGGUGUCAUCGGCUGGGCAUUUGCCCUCCAACAGCCCGGCUUCAAGAACGGCUUCAGCAUCGUUGGGGGGGAAUUCACAAGCCAGGCUGAUGUGACCUUUCAGGGAGGAGGAGGAAAACUAACCAUCACCCAAGACUUCAGAGGAAUUGAUGAACACGACCACCUGGUGGUCAACACCAGACUGGAGGGGACGGUUCCUACUUUGCCGCCAGGGGCCACUGUCCAGAUAGACCCUUAUUCUGCCGUCUAUCUUUACAGCAACAACUUGAUCAACUCCUCCUCCUCAAGGGACUACGUGGUCACACUGGAGGAUGGCUCUACGGUGACUAGAACCUACAAGUGGACGGAGAGAAUCAGUUUCCAGAGCUGCCAGCAUGACAGGACGGCAAGGCCAGUGCCCCAAACCCAGAUGCUCAGUGUAGAUCAGGUGUUUGUGAUGUACAGCGAUUCUGACCAUGUUCUCCGCUAUGCUAUGAGCAACAAGAUCGGCGACAUAAAUGGUGUUCAGCCUGAGGAGAACGCCUGCUACACAGGCAGACACAGCUGUGACACUAACGCUGUAUGCCAACCUGGACAGGGAAACCAGUUCACCUGCGAGUGCGCGACGGGUUUUAAUGGGGACGGACGCACCUGCUAUGACAUUGAUGAAUGCAGAGAGACACCGCAUAUCUGCGGCCCCAACACUAUCUGCAACAACCAGCCUGGAACAUAUCGCUGUGAAUGCAUGGAAGGCUUUCAGUUUGCUAGUGAUGGAAAGACCUGUGUUGAGGCGAGCCGGCCAGUGGACCUGUGUCGAGCAGACCUGCAUGACUGCGACGUCCCUGUACGCGCUCAGUGCAGCUACACUGGAGGAUCCUCUUACAUCUGCUCCUGCCUACCGGGAUUUGUGGGAGACGGCCGAACUUGUCAAGACAUUGAUGAGUGUCAGCCCAGCCGUUGUCAUCAGGAUGCAGUCUGUCACAACACACAGGGAUCCUUCACCUGCCGGUGCAGACCUGGUUUCCAUGGCGAUGGUUUCCACUGUUCCCAAGAGCAAAAGACUCGGUGUCAGGUCCACAGAGAGAGAGCUCUGGCCUCUGCUGAGCUUGGCCCCCGGGGUCCACGCCCGGUUCCUGGUCAGUACAUUCCGACCUGUGACUCUCAGGGUGAGUACGAGUCCAUGCAGUGCCACAGCAGUAGUGGGUAUUGCUGGUGUGUGGACCAAGAUGGAACUGAGAUCUAUGGCACUCGAACAGGACCUGGCAGCACACCAUCCUGCGUCAGUCAGGUGACCCUCACCGUUGGGCCUGUGCCGCUGCUCUCUGGCUCUCACCUUGUCUUCGCUCAGAGCGGGAAGAUUGAGUAUGUGCCUUUGGAAGGACAAGACAUAAAGAAGGACAAAGCCAAGACUGUACUGCACCUCCCGGAGAAGGUGAUAGUUGGAAUUGCUUAUGACUGUGUGGACAAGAUGGUGUACUGGACAGAUAUCACCUCUCCUGCUAUCAGUAAAGUUCAUCUCCAGGGAGGAGAGGCCAUACCUCUCAUCACAUCAGACAUUGGAAGUCCAGAAGGCAUUGCCAUAGACCACCUGGGAAGAACCAUGUUCUGGACAGAUUCCACGAAGGACAGAAUUGAAGUGAGCUCCCUGGAUGGGACUAAGCGUCGUGUUUUGAUUGAUAUGGAUUUGGAGAAUCCGCGGCCCAUCCUCACUGACCCCACCAACGGGUACAUAUACUGGUCUGACUGGAACCGAGAGUCCCCAAAAAUAGAAGCAGCUCACAUGGACGGGACCGGUCGGAGGAUCCUGGUGAAGGACAACCUGGGUCUUCCUAACGCCCUGACCUAUGACACUCAGAACUCUAUGCUUUGUUGGGCAGAUGCUGGUACACACAAGGUGGAGUGUAUGAAGCCCGGAUUCAGUGACCGCAGGCAGGUCCUGCAGGGAGUUCAGUAUCCAUUCGGAAUAACCGCUUAUGGGAAGAAUCUGUACUACACAGACUGGAAGCGGGAUGCUGUGAUUGUGGUGGAUCAUCACUCUGGCAGAGAGACAGAUGAGUUCCUGCCUCAAGUGCGAACACGUCUGUAUGGGAUUACACUGGCGUACAGGCAGUGCCCCACAGGUCGAAGCCACUGUGCCGUUAAUAACGGAGGGUGCACUCACUUGUGUCUGGCGACCCCUGCCGGCCGCUCAUGCCUUUGUCCAGACAAUGCAGCAGACAUGAGCUGCCAGGAGCAGAGAAUUCAGGUGUAGUGAAGCAGGAACAACCAUCAUCGCUGCCUUAAUCAACACUUAUCACUCAGCAUCAGUUUUCUCACUGCUUCACCACCAUCACCGACAUGUUACAACACAACUUCUGUAACGUGUUCUAUAAAACAAAGCGUCCUUAAUUACACACAAAAAACCUGUUUCCAAAGAGCCGAAAUAUUUACUCUUGGUUAUCUGCCUGUUAUCUAACUAACAACACACACAGUAUCAUGGGUAAUUAUUACUGUUGAUCAUAAUAGUGUCGCUUUAUUUUAAGGAUGUUGGGUGUCUUGAUCUUUAAUAAAGAACUUUAAUAAAAGAAAUAAAAUAUAAGAAGAGAAAAAAGAAUUUUAAAAUAAUAUAAGAAAUUUAAUAAAUUAGACACUUCUACAUGGUUUAUUCACUGUGCAUGAAACUUUAUUCAUUAUAAUAAAGUUAGUUCUGAUCAAUCUGUAAUUGUCAGCAUUUGACUCCUAAAGGUCUCAGGUAGUAUUAAAUGACUUCUGGAGUUUAUUGCAUUAGAGCUAAUAAAAGUUUAAUAAGUAAUUCAUGCUUUAAGAUGUGUUCCAUGUGCUGAAAUACAGUUUUAUCUCUAACUAGAGGAAAAAAAAUGCUGAACAAAAUUGCGACGUGCAUCACAAAUUCAGCACCUAUUCAUGUUAUUUUGGUUGCUAAACAGACAGAUAAACAGAAGAAUACUUCACUAAUAUGAUGGCAUGUGUUCCAUACAAGGCUUCAAAGGGUAAAACUGCACUUUAGAAAAUGGAACAUGCUUGAAUUAUUAGUGACACAUCAGCUUUUCAAUAAGAAACUCAAAUAAACCAAAAACAUCUGAGAACCAAAUGCUAUGCAAAUACUGUGAGGAUUUAGUUGAUAAUUCAUGCUAAAUAAUUUGUAUAACAGUGUCUUAAAGUCUUUAUUGAGCUUUAUUACAACAGAAAAUGCUGUUAUUAGUGAUUUUCACAGAAUGCAUGUCCAGUUAUGUGGUAAUGCAGGUCAGAACGAAUACAGCUUAAUGCAAAAUGAUUAAACCAUUUAGAUAUUUCUAAUUUGGAUUUUUCUGAAGAAAGACCUCAAUAGAGAAUCAAUGUCUUUCUUAAAAUAAAGUGAUACAAUAAUAAUAAUAGUAAUAAUAAUAAUCCAGGACCUUUGAUAUAACUUUGUCUUUCAAUGAUUUUUUUGGAGUAACGCUUUAAUUCAGUGCAGAAGAUUCUGCAGUUCCACGUGAACUUAAAAUAGGAUUCCAGCUUUCGCUUCUUGUUCAAAAGUUAAAGCUGGAAUUUCAUAAAGGUCUACAGUCAAGUAAAUCUGAGUGACACUGAAGUUUUCAGUAUCAACAAACAAAAUAAAUGUUCAACAAUUGUUGCGUUUGUUUUACUGUUGAACUUCAUGGCUUUGUAUGUCUUGCUGUGCUGUGACCUGCUGUUUGUUUUUCCAGUAUAAUGUGUUUUUCAGUGUAAUGUGUUUUUCAGUGUAACGUGUUUUUCAGUGUAACAUGUUUUUCAGUAUGCCGUGUUUUCGGUAUACGACGUGUUUUUCAGUAUAACAUGUUUUUCAGCAUGUGUUUUUCAGUAUGUGUUUUUCAGUAUGACGUGUUUUUCAGUAUGACAUUUUUUCCGGUAUGACGCGUUUUUCAGUAUGACGCGUUUUUCAGUAUAACAUGUUUGUUUUUCAGUAUGAUGUUUUUCAGUGUAACGUGUUUUUCAGUAUAACGUGUUUUUCAGUAUAAAAUGUUUGUUUUUCAGUAUGACGUGUUAUACGUUGAUCAUGUUACUCAUGUUUUGAGUGGCGUCAUAUUAAAGAUUCACAAUGCAAAUUUACUUUCUUUAAAAAUAUUUUGCACUCGUAGCCGAGUUCUGUGUUUCUGAAGCUGGUUUAGGAAUGAAUGCUCCGUGUUUUCCAGCCUGUCGCAGCUCCAGCAGAUGUGUGUUUGUGAUGUUUGUGAUAAUCUGAUGUGGCAGGUAGAGACUGAAAAUGAAGGAGUGAGACAUUGAGGAUAAAAACAUCAAACAGUAGUCAUUACGAUUUGUGUUUAAACAAAUUAGAAUAAUGAAAAGAUUUGGUGGGAUUUUUACUUAACAACCCAUUAAUUGCAGAAAGUACUGUGAUAUCACUUUGAAGACAAAAGGAUCCACGUGAAUUCAUUAUUAUUUCAUUAACAGCUCAGAACUGAUUUACUUUCAUGUCCUUUUUGUCCUCCUGAAACCCAAAAUAAGAGUGUAUGUUACCAAAUAAGAGCUAUAUUUGGAAAUAUCUUUGUUGUAAUUCGUGUCCAAUAAAGCUAUGUUUUAUGUUAAAGAA